AUGGAGUUAUUCAAAGCAAUAACGUUAGUCUGUCUAAUCUCAGGAACAUAUGCAGGAAUGGAGAAUUUACCCUACGGGUUUAAACUAAUUUGGACUUUCCCUACAAAAGAUACUGUACUAUUUGAUUUUUUUAUACCAAAUGAAAUUCUCGAAAAUUGGCGUUGGGCUGGAAUAGGAUUUAAACAUAUCGAUGAGCCAGAUCCUACAAUGGGCCAUAGCGAGCUAAUUACAAUUACUUUUGACGGAGAUAAAGUUGAAGACAGAUGGGCUCAUGGACAUCUCACCCCUCAGCCAGAUACUAAAGAUGGAGGCUACAAUGACGUAAUCCUUGAAGAAAAAAGAAAUGAACAUGGAUAUCGUGUUUAUUCGUUUUCCAGACCUUUAGAAACAUAUGAUUCUGUUCACGACGUUAGCUUGGUGAAAAACGAAAAAUAUUGGAUAAUGUGGGCUUUUGGUCAAACUUUUAAAGGAGGAGUCAUUGCUCAUCCUAUGUGGAACAGAGGAAAAGAUUUAUGUAUUUUCAGUGAAGAUUAUAUGGAUGAUGGCUCAGAUGACCCAUUUUUUGACGAAGAUGAUCAUUAUAGCCCUUUUUCAUAA